AUGAUGUUUUAUCAACCAAAUCAUUAUUCACCACCUUCUCAACAUCAACGAGAACAAUCUUCUGCCAUAAAUUCAUCAUAUUUGCCAUCUACUUAUUUAUUACAACGAUCAAAAUUAAUCAUGGAACCCUGGACAUGGUCACCUGGUCAAGUUGGGGAAUGGUUAAUCAAAAAUAAUUUACAAGAAUAUAAUCAUUUAUUAUGUGAUAAGCAUCGAAUGGAUGGUAUGACACUGAUGAACCUGCGAGAAAAUGAUGUUUUGCAAUUAAAAGUACCGAAUAAAAGUGAUAAUAAAGAACUUUGGUCUCACGUUAAACAAUUACAGCAAUAUUACUCAAAUAAUUAUCAUUUACAUAGACAAUAUACUUAUCAGCAACAACAGCAACAAGUAUCGAAUCAAUAUGCAACAAUAUUAAUGCCGUCGUCAUCACCAUCUACUCGAACUACUUCAACAACAUCUGACAGUUUGAAAACAAAAAACCAGUUAAUAAACAGUUCAUAUUCUACACCAGUCACAUCACCAUCAUCAUCAUCAUCAUCAUCAUCGUUGUUAAAUCAUAGCAUCUCGUUUCAUAACAACACAACUGCCAAUCAUACGAAUAACAACAAUAUUAAUACACAAUCAAUCCCAUUAUUAUUAAAUACAAAUCGUCAACAUUCAAAUAGUGUAUCGUCAAAUCUGAAUACCUCACCAAGUGUCACUAUUCAUAGACCGCCUCCUCAAAUUGGUGGAUCGGUGAACGGCAGUUUUCUCGAUAAUCAUCGUACACUUUCGAGAGAUUUUGCAUCAUCAACAACAUUCAAUGAUCGUAAUAUUACACCUACCGUACAAAUUGCAUUCUCAACAGAAGGACAUCGUGAUAGAACUUUGUCUGAAAAUAUAGAAGAUAGAGACACUGUUAAUUGUUGUAUUAUAACGACAUUGCGUAGUGAUCGAAAAAAGACGUUAUGUGCAUUUCUAAUAGCUGUUGCAGCAUUAAUGUUUUGUAGUUUUAUAAUAGUGAUCGUUGACGAACGAUUACCAGAUCCAAAACGUCAUCCUCCUCUACCCGAUCUAAUAUUAGAUAAUAUACCACAAAUUAAAUGGGCAUUUACUGUCACAGAAUAUAUGAUUAUGAUUGAAGUUACUACAUUAGUGGCUGUAAUAAUGUUUCAUCGACAUAGACUGAUAAUUCUUCGACGAUUAUUCGCUAUAGCUGCUGCAUUAUACUUUUUACGUAGUUUAACUAUGGUAUUUACGUCUUUACCAGUAGCAACAGAAAUAACAGAUUGCAAACCCCACAGAUUACCAAAUAUGCCAGCUCGUUUGAGAAAAGCACUUUUAAUAUUUAUUGGUCAAGGUUUAUCGCUCUAUGGUGUUCGAACUUGUGGUGAUUAUUUGUAUUCUGGACAUACUUGUACACUAAUAUUGAUUUGGUUACCAUUAUUCGUUUAUUUUGAAGAAAAUGUUCUAACAGCCAUACCAAACGAAUAUUAUUGUCCAGUCUUUUUAAGAGAUUUAAAAACUAUGAUUAUCAGUUCGAUUGGUACAACAAGAUAUUAA